CUGGCAGCGCCACCGGAUGCGCCGUGACCUGUGACUCGUCCAGCGUGCGGCACUCUUCCGCCUUGCCACGCCCCCCGCUCGGAGAGCCCCGCCUCAGCAGCAGUAGCAGCUCCGGGGCUGUAUGUGAGACACCCGGGUCACCGCCGCGUCUCUCCUCCCUCCCCGGAGGCCCAGCCGCUGCCAGCUCGCCUGGGUGUGGAUUGCCAGGAAUCGGCGGGUGUGGGCGGGGACUGGCAGGAACGGUCACGCACAGAGGAAGGCGGCCUCCCCCGUUCACAGGCGGUGCUGCGCGCCCCCGGCCCUCUCCCAAGCAGCCGCCAGCGCCUCAGCGACGUCCCGGGCGUGUGGGAGCUGCCGGACAGGCGGGAUAGCGGCUGGCACGGGCGCACGGCCAGGAACACCUCACGGUCUCCAUCACCGGAGCUCCCGGCGGCAGCAGCAGCAGCAUGGCGAGCGCCUCGUACCACAUAUCCAACCUGCUGGAGAAGAUGACUUCCAGCGACAAGGACUUCAGAUUCAUGGCAACUAAUGACUUAAUGACCGAGCUUCAGAAGGACUCCAUUAAGCUGGAUGAUGACAGUGAACGGAAAGUAGUAAAGAUGAUUUUAAAGCUAUUAGAGGAUAAGAAUGGAGAAGUUCAAAAUCUAGCUGUGAAAUGCCUUGGUCCUCUUGUAAGUAAAGUAAAGGAAUAUCAAGUAGAGACUAUUGUGGACACGCUUUGUACCAAUAUGUUGUCUGACAAGGAGCAGCUACGUGAUAUAUCUAGUAUUGGGCUGAAGACUGUAAUUGGAGAGCUUCCGCCAGCUUCAAGUGGAUCUGCAUUGGCUGCAAAUGUCUGCAAAAAAAUUACUGGUCGCCUUACGAGUGCUAUUGCAAAGCAAGAAGAUGUGUCUGUCCAGCUGGAGGCCUUGGACAUUAUGGCUGAUAUGCUUAGCAGACAGGGUGGAUUGCUUGUUAAUUUCCAUCCUUCAAUUCUGAGUUGCUUGCUUCCGCAGUUAACAAGCCCAAGAUUGGCUGUAAGAAAAAGAACAAUUAUUGCUCUUGGUCACCUAGUUAUGAGUUGUGGAAAUAUUGUUUUUAUUGAUCUCAUUGAACAUCUGUUGGCAGAGCUGUCUAAAAAUGAUUCAAUGUCUACGACUAGGACCUAUAUACAAUGCAUUGCUGCGAUCAGUAGACAAGCUGGUCACAGGAUAGGUGAAUAUUUGGAGAAAAUUAUUCCUCUUGUAGUUAAAUUUUGUAAUAUUGAUGAUGAUGAACUGAGGGAAUACUGCAUUCAAGCAUUUGAAUCUUUUGUUAGACGAUGCCCCAAGGAAGUAUAUCCCCACGUAUCCACAAUUAUAAAUAUUUGUCUCAAGUACUUGACAUAUGAUCCCAAUUACAAUUAUGAUGAUGAGGAUGAAGAUGAAAAUGCAAUGGAUGCUGAUGGUGCAGAUGAUGAUGAUCAAGGUAGUGAUGAUGAGUACAGUGAUGAUGAUGAUAUGAGUUGGAAGGUGCGUCGUGCAGCAGCUAAGUGCCUGGAUGCUGUGGUCAGCACUCGACAUGAGAUGCUGCCAGAAUUCUACAAGACUGUGUCUCCUGCAUUAAUAGCUAGGUUUAAAGAACGUGAAGAGAAUGUGAAGGCUGAUGUGUUUCAUGCAUAUCUGUCACUUCUAAAACAGACUAGACCUGUACAAAGCUGGCUCUGUGACCCAGAUGCAAUGGAGCAGGGAGAAACCCCCUUGACAAUGCUUCAGAGCCAGGUGCCGAACAUUGUAAAAGCACUGCAUAAACAAAUGAAGGAAAAGAGUGUGAAGACGCGCCAAUGUUGUUUUAAUAUGUUAACAGAAUUAGUUAAUGUUUUACCUGGUGCUUUGACCCAACACAUUCCUGUUCUUGUACCAGGGAUCAUCUUUUCAUUAAAUGACAAAUCAAGCUCUUCUAACCUGAAGAUAGAUGCUUUAUCAUGUUUGUACGUCAUCCUCUGCAACCAUUCUCCUCAAGUCUUCCAUCCACAUGUACAGGCGUUGGUUUCACCUGUAGUGAUCUGCGUUGGAGAUCCAUUUUACAAGAUCACAUCUGAAGCCCUCUUGGUUACACAACAGCUUGUAAAAGUGAUUAGACCGCUGGAUCAACCUUCCUCCUUUGACGCAGCCCCAUACAUAAAAGAUUUGUUUACAUGUACAAUCAAAAGGCUAAAAGCAGCAGAUAUUGACCAAGAAGUGAAAGAGCGUGCAAUUUCCUGCAUGGGUCAAAUAAUUUGUAGUCUGGGUGACAAUCUGGGAAGUGACCUCCCUAGCACCCUACAGAUUUUUCUUGAAAGGUUGAAGAAUGAGAUCACUCGUUUGACCACUGUGAAAGCCCUAACAUUAAUAGCUGGUUCUCCACUGAAAAUAGAUCUCAGGCCAAUCUUAGGGGAGGGAGUACCUAUUCUUGCCUCCUUUCUCCGGAAGAAUCAGAGAGCCCUAAAACUUGGCACACUUUCUGCUCUAGAUAUCUUGAUAAAAAACUAUAGCGACAGCUUGACCGCCGCAAUGAUUGAUGCUGUGUUGGAUGAGCUUCCACCUCUAAUUAGUGAAAGUGAUAUGCAUGUGUCUCAGAUGGCAAUUAGCUUUCUGACAACGUUGGCUAAAGUAUAUCCAUCCUCUCUGUCAAAGAUUGGUGGAUCUAUCCUUAAUGAACUUAUUGGGCUUGUGAAGUCACCAUUGCUUCAGGGAGGAGCACUUAGUGCAAUGUUAGAGUUUUUCCAAGCCUUAGUGGUCACUGGAACGGCGACUUUGGGCUACAUGGACUUACUCCGUAUGUUGACAGGUCCAGUAUAUGCGCAGAGUACUGCACUUACCCACAAGCAAUCUUAUUAUUCUAUUGCCAAAUGUGUAGCAGCACUUACUCGAGCAUGUCCUAAAGAAGGACCAGCUGUGGUAGGUCAGUUUAUCCAAGAUGUUAAGAACUCUAGAUCCACUGAUUCAAUUCGGCUCUUAGCUUUACUAUCGCUAGGUGAAGUUGGACAUCACAUUGAUCUCAGUGGACAACUAGAGCUAAAAUCUGUUAUACUGGAAGCUUUUUCCUCUCCUAGUGAAGAAGUAAAAUCUGCAGCAUCCUAUGCACUUGGAAGCAUCAGUGUAGGCAACCUUCCAGAGUAUUUGCCAUUUGUCUUACAAGAGAUAACUAGUCAGCCUAAGAGGCAAUACCUUCUACUUCAUUCCCUGAAAGAGAUAAUAAGCUCGGCCUCUGUAGUAGGCCUUAAACCAUAUGUUGAGAAUAUAUGGGCUUUACUACUUAAACACUCUGAGUGUGCAGAGGAAGGAACCAGGAAUGUAGUUGCAGAAUGCUUGGGCAAGCUUACGUUGAUUGAUCCAGAGACACUCUUACCACGGCUUAAAGGCUACUUGAUUGCAGGUUCAUCAUAUGCUCGAAGCUCUGUAGUAACCGCUGUUAAGUUUACCAUUUCUGACCAUCCUCAGCCUAUUGAUCCCCUGCUGAAGAAUUGUAUUGGUGACUUUCUGAAAACGUUGGAAGAUCCGGACCUAAAUGUGAGACGCGUAGCCCUUGUAACAUUUAAUUCUGCUGCGCAUAACAAGCCAUCGUUAAUACGAGAUUUGCUUGAUUCUGUGCUUCCACACCUUUAUAAUGAAACAAAAGUUAGAAAAGAACUCAUAAGAGAGGUGGAAAUGGGUCCCUUCAAGCACACUGUUGAUGAUGGGCUAGACAUCCGGAAAGCAGCCUUUGAGUGUAUGUACACUCUUCUUGACAGUUGUCUGGACAGACUUGACAUAUUUGAAUUCUUAAAUCAUGUUGAAGAUGGUUUAAAGGAUCACUAUGACAUAAAGAUGCUGACAUUUUUAAUGUUGGUAAGACUGUCGACCCUAUGUCCAAGUGCCGUACUGCAGAGACUGGAUAGGCUGGUAGAACCAUUGCGUGCCACAUGUACAACAAAGGUGAAGGCAAACUCUGUGAAACAGGAAUUUGAGAAGCAGGAUGAACUGAAGCGCUCUGCAAUGAGAGCAGUGGCAGCACUUUUAACCAUUCCUGAAGCAGAAAAGAGCCCUUUGAUGAGUGAAUUCCAGUCUCAGAUCAGCUCAAACCCUGAACUGGCAGCCAUAUUUGAGAGUAUACAAAAAGAUACUUCCUCUGCUAAUCUGGAAUCAAUGGACACAACUUAAAUAUUCACACUGGAGUGGGACCAUAACAUUAAACCAUAUAAUGCACUGAAACUGACCAGUUCUAAGAAUGAAAUAUCUUAAGUUUAAGCUUCACAAUGUUCAGACUUUCUUUACAGUUUACAGAGAUGGUUUGGCUUAAUUCCAUUGUUGCUUUUUGUAGCAUUUAUUCCAGGAAUAAUCUGAUUCCAUAAUCAAGGCUAUUGGUUCAGCCAUUUUAAAGAUGGUUAUAGUUUAUAGAUUGAUGUUUGGAAAGACCUUCCAGCAUCUUUUUCCCUGUAAUGUUUAGGAUUAAAACUUUCAGAAUUGGACCAUGAAAACCUUUUUUUACUCCUUUUUCCUCCCCCUCUAUUUUCAUGCAGGUGAAUACAUGGCUUUUUGUACAAUUUAUCUCCUGUUCUUUUGAUUUAGCUACAUAAAAGGCUUCUGGCUUGCAGAUCAAAGUCUUUGUAAUAAUUAUUACACUAGACAUGUUUGAAAAGUAAAGAUUCCCCCUAAUCUGUGGUGUUAGAACUCUAUCCCUAAUCUGCACUUCAUUUGCAUGACUGGGUUCACAAAUAUAUAAUGGCUGUAAAAUAGCAUGCAUUUUUACAGAGUGCAUAAGGACCUCUCAAGCGCAGAAUAAUGAGCUUGUAAGUGCACUCUGGUACAGUAAUACUGUACGUUGUUCUACAGCAUCAUUGCAGAACACAUAAGCAGAGUACCACACCUGCUCUACUGCUUUAUAGAUAUCCUUUCUCAUCAAGAUUUUUAAAACUUGUAUGAAAAAUAUGACUUUUGUUGAACAGUUGGCCAAUUUCUUUGAAUGGGUGGUAACAUAACAUAAAUUGCCAUUUUGAAAACAAAUAGAUGAGGUUUUGUUCAGACUACACACAAUUUUUUUUUCAAUGAAAACAAUAAAUAAGUGGCUCAUGCGUGGCUUUUAUUUUGCUUUACACAAUGCACCUAGAUUUGCGCAACUGUUGUGUACAAUUUGGAAAUCUAAUGUGUACGUGAGAACAAUGAAUUUCAAACUGAGUGAAAGUGUUUAACUUGUUGUGUUGAUCAUUAGAGUGCCGGCUGAGUAAAGCCAUUUCCAUGUCCGAGAGAAUUCGGAACAGAAUUUGAUACCUGUUCAGUUGUCUUACACAUAAUAGUGAUCUGACUUGUAAAGAUCUGAUUCAAAUUGGUAACUACAGCUCCGCAUGUUGGCCUUUUAUGCAGAUUUCCUUGUAGCCGUGGACCUAUACUAAACUAAGCCACAUCUUGGGGGUUUUUUUUCUGAGAAUUAUCUCAAAUACCUUACUUGCUGGGCUUUGCCUGUGGUGUGCCUGCAUGUUAAAUAAGACCUAAGUUACAAUUUUAUAUAUCAAUUUUAAGAAUGAUCACAAGACCAUUUAAUCUGCCAUGUGACUGAUGUAAAUAUGUUAUACACUUUAAAGCUAUUUAGUUUUGUAACAUAUCCAUUAAGUACCAAAAAUCCUGCACACGUCUGAUGCUUAUUGCUCCUAUUGGUAGAGCGUUUUAAGUAAGUUUUUUGACCAGUUCAGUCUAAAGAAAUUAUUUUGUAACUUGGGUCAAAUGUUGGUUUUUAGCAUAACCAGUUUGCUAAUUUGGUUCUGUAAUAUAACCUGUCAGAAUUGUAAUAGUUCUCCCACUAUUAAAGGUGUGUGUCUAGGA